CUUUGAAAUCUCCCGGCGGAAGUGGACCGCACAUCCGGUCUAGCUUGACGCCAGUGGUUGAGGUGGAGGCAGUCAGCCUGCGACAGGAAAAACUAAACGCGGAGAGGUCGAGCGGCACACAGUCGGUCUGUUUUAAAAGAGAAAUAAAUCGUGUGACCCGGGGACAUGUGGAAGCAGACCGCCAUCGCGUCGUCCUAACGCGGGCUCAGUUAGCGUUUGUUUGUCCUUCCGGCGCAGCGCGUCCCCGUCUGCCCGUUGUCUCCGGAGGGAGCACUAAGGGGAGCGUCGAAGAUGUGAUGGGACUCAUUCUGCUCUUGCUUCAAUAGCUUAGCAGAUAGCUACCAGCAGAUCCACGGAAUAAAGACCCAGGACUCCGACGUAGAAUGAGGACUCCAUGAAAGAUGACGGAGGAGGUGAUUGUUGUAGCCAAGUGGGACUACACGGCCCAGCAGGACCAGGAACUUGACAUCCGCAAAAAUGAGCGUCUCCACCUCCUGGACGACACAAAGACCUGGUGGCGUGUGCGCAACGCCGGCAACCAAACGGGGUACGUGCCGUCCAACUACGUGGAGCGCAAGAACAGCCUGAAGAAAGGCUCGUUGGUGAAGAACAUCAAAGACACACUGGGUCUGGGAAGAACCAAGAGGAAGACGAGCGCCCGAGGUGCUUCCCCGACGCCCGGCUCGGACACGGAGUACCCCUCCAACGGCAGCGCGGGCGGAGCAGCUGAAAGGAUCUACGACCUCAACAUCCCCGCCGUAGUGAAGUUCGCCUACGCGGCGGAGCGGGACGACGAGCUGAGCCUCGUCAAGGGCACCCGGGUCACCGUGAUGGAGAAGUGCAGUGACGGCUGGUGGCGGGGCGGCCAGGCCGGCCGCGUGGGCUGGUUCCCCUCCAACUACGUGCUGGAGGAGCUCGGUGGGGCGGAGGAAGGAGAGGACGGAGAUCCGCCGCUGGUCUACCAGGGGGGCUCGCCGGGGACUUUGUUGGCCAAUGGGCGAGCAGGAGGCGGCGGCGCUGCCGCGGUGCUGCACCUGGUCCAAACGCUCUACCCCUUCAGCUCUGUGACGGAGGAGGAGCUGAACUUUGAGAAGGGAGAGGUCAUGGAGGUGGUGGAGAAGCCCGAGAACGACCCGGAGUGGUGGAGGUGUCAAAACUCCCGCGGCAUGGUGGGCCUGGUUCCUAAAAACUAUGUGGUGGUGCUGGAUGAGCGGCCCGGCCCGCCCCCGUCCAGCGCCAGCUUCCUGCAGAACCGCCUGUUGGCGCCGGCCCGCUCGGGGAAGUUCGGCGGGCGCGACUGGUACUACGGCGGCAUCACCAGACACCAGGCCGAGUCCGUGCUCAACGAGCGAGGGGAGGAGGGCGACUUCCUGGUACGAGACAGCGAGUCAUCGCCCAAUGACUUCUCAGUGUCUCUGAAGGCGGCCGGCAAGAACAAGCACUUUAAAGUGCAGCACUCGGAGGGAGUGUACUGUAUCGGCCAGCGCAAGUUCAGCUCCAUCGAUGAGCUGGUGGAGCACUACAAGAAGGCCCCCAUCUUCACCAGCGAACACGGGGAGAAGCUGUACCUGGUCAAAGCGCUGCCGUGAUUCACUCACCGACACUGGAUCCCACACACGAGACACCACGUUUAUUCUUCUAAUGCCGCCCCCAACUACGAACGACGUCCAGUUUUAUCCGUCGCCUUCCAGCGGCGAUCGGAUGAGACUCUUUUCUGGCUCCCGCGAGACGGCGAGCGGCGUGCCGGGAGAGACGGCGGCUGGAUCCUCCGCGCACGGCGCCGUCCUUCCUGCUGGUCACGGGCAGCGAACACACCGGCUGCAGACGGAGCGCCUGAGGCCUUGUCUCUGAUGUCGUACAUAAUGCCCGUUUACUACCACGCACAUUGUAGGUCGCACCAUUGUUUUUAACCCACACAGGAGAAAAGCCCCCACCCCCCCCCCCCGUCCAAUCGCUGGCCAUCGUUUUAUUCAGAAGAUUUAGUUCAUUUUAAAAAAGGAAAUCCCUGGUUAUCUUUUUUUAAAUCCCUGUGUAGGUUUGAAUUUGACUUUACGAAGUGACCAGAAACACGCUCUUGCCUUUUUUUCUCUUAAUUUUCAUCAUUCCGUUACAUAAUUUGCUCCCAUUUUGAAUUUGUCUUCCGGCACCUUUACAAAUUCUUUUGUCUCCACAAUCCUUAGUGGUGAUUGAAAAUUGCAUACAGUACUUCCUGUAAUAUUUCUAAAAGACCGUAGAGAAGGGGGGGGGGCAUUAAUGCAAUAGGGGAGACCUGUGAAUUUCUGUAGAGAUGAAUGUUUUUCAACGUAACCAAAUGUGCCGCCCUGUUCCCAUAGCGCUGGUCUGCACUGCACUCACCACACAUGGCGUUCAUCUGUAGCUCUGUGCUCAUGCUUUAUAUUGUCACACUGGGCAUCUUUCUGUAGGUCCAGAAGCUACGUGACGAGUCUGACUCAAGGAAUGAAAAGACAUUUUGAUAACACUUUGCAAUCAGAAUGAAUGCCGUUAUAAAAUAGGAUCCCAUCGUUUGUAUUGUUUAAGUAUAUCUCUGGCUGUCAUUUCACAGAAAAAUCUAUUGUAAAAAAUAAAUGAUUCUUUCCCCACAAUUAAGUGUUUGGCUGAGACGCAAACAAUUAAUGCCGAAACAUCACUCACUGCCGUUUAUAUGUCAAACAGUUUGGAAAUACUUUAUCAUUUUGGCGAUCUGUGAAAAUUGUCCUCUGAUCGCGUUGUCAAGACAGCAAUUGUCCAAUGACAGCUUAGCAACUGUUACCCUGACACGACAUGUCAGUGUACAAGAUAUUGAUUAACUAAUCAAAUCUUCCAGCUACAGUGGAUUUCGACUGCUUGACACGAUGUUUAAGACUCGUCUACCAGCGUCCUCUGGUGAACUGCUAUUAACUUCAUUUUAAGCUGCAACCGAAAAUAAGGGACCUAGGCUUAACAGUCAAUCGGAGUCAUCUUUUACUGCAAGAAACCAAAUGUACAAAUCUGAUUUACGGAGAAGAAAUAUUUUACUUGUCUUUUCCUCUUUUCUUUCGUGCAUUUGUUUACCAAUGGAAGUGUUGUUGAUCAUGGGGUUCUCAGCUUUUAUAUGAUAUCUCUGAAUGUUAUUGAGCAAUGCUAUUUAAUUCGUCUCCACUGUAUGUAUAUAUAAAAAAAAUAUUAGGUGCAUAUAUGAAUCGAGAUCAAACAAUGGUACUGACAACGCGGUGCCAAUUUAAAUACUUUUGUUCAAUAAAUCUUUUGAAAAAUA